AUGGUUUCCCUAUGGACAGAAAUUCUAAUGGAAACACUCCUGGGUUAUAUUUCUUGGUCUCUUUAUUAUGCCCUUCCACCAAUGAUCUAUUAUUUUCCUUUACAAACAUUGACACUUACUGGCUUGGAAGCCUUUGCUCUUGCAUUCUUCUCUCCAGCGUUCUUAAUUAUUGGUGUGUUUUGGCGGCUGGCAAACAAGAAAUGCACUCUAGCCUUCCUGAGACUGAGUAUGAUUGGAAGCCUUGCUUCUUACCAAGUUCCAAAUGCUUGCCUUCGACUUUUGAUCUUGGCCAUGGGUGUUUCUUCAUCAUUGGUGGUUCAAACAGUAACAUGGUGGUCUGGGAAUGGUUUACAAAGAUACUGCAGAAUCUGGGGAUUUAUACUAGGAAAAAUUCUUCUUGUUGUUAUUCGGAUUUGGUAUACAUCAUUGAACCCUGUGUGGAGCUAUACAGCUUUCAAUGCUGCUAUAAUGAUUUUAGGUUUCAUGGCAGUUCUUGAACGAACAUAUGCAGGUGAGUGUGCCAAGAACCAGGCUGAUAAUGAAGUAGAGUACAUUUUACUUAGACCUAACUGGCUUUUGUCAGGGAUGGCUUUUGGCAGCUUGAUGUUCCUCACCUUCUGGAUUUUUGGAGAGGUCUCACUAGUUUCUAGAUGGGCAGUCAGUGGACACCCAGAGCCUGGACCAGACCCUAAUCCACACGGAGGUGCAGUUCUGUUGGGAUUGGCUCAUGGACUAAUGCUUUCCUUUUGGUCUUGGUCUACCCCUGCACUUUGUGUCUGGUGUGUGGCAGGGGCAGCAGGAGCAGCUGGCCUUCUUUGCUUACAAACAUGGUACGCAGCCAUUGCUGGUGACCUCCUUGCUGUCUUUACAAUGUGCAUGUGGCCACGCAUAACUGGAUGUUUUAUUAGCUGCUUAUAUCCUGGAAAAGCCAUGAGUAUGGCCAUGCUCAUGUUAGUGCUUGAAGUGUUCUUCUGUGUGUGGUGUACAGCUUAUAAAUUUGUGCCUGGUGGAAUUUAUGCUAGAGAAAAAUCCCACAUUCUUCUAGGGAUUGUCAUGAUGUUUAUUGUCUUAAACGUGCUAGUUGACUGCAGGAAAGAUCUUCACUGUUUGUUUAAUGUAAAAAGCAGUAACAAACAUGACUUCAAACUAAGUGAAAAAUACAUCAAAUUAUUUUUGUGGCUACUAGUUGGUGUAGGUUUACUGGGACUAGGAUUGCGAUAUAAAAUUUAUGAGAAAAAAUUAGGCCAUGGGCCUCCAAAGAAAGACUUCUCUGCCUUGAUUUGGCCAUUCAGGUUUGGCUAUGAUAAUGAAGGGUGGUCUAGUUUAGAGCAAUCAGCCAUUCUGCUGAAUCAAACAGGUGCAGAUUUCAUCACUAUUGUGGAAAGUGAUGCCUCUAAGCCAUUCAUUGGGAACAAUGAUCCAACUAUGUGGUUAGGAGAAAAACUUGGUUUUUAUACAGAUUUUGGCCCAAGUACUCGAGAUCAUACUUGGGGGAUAAUGGUUCUGUCAAGGUACCCGAUUGUGAAAUCCAGGCACCAUCUUCUCCCCUCUCCUGAGGGAGAGAUAGCACCAGCCAUCUUCAUGACUGUAAACUUCACAGGGAAAAUGGUGGAUUUUGUAGUUGCUCAUUUUGGGAAUGAAGAGGAAGAUUUGGACAGAAAGCUCCAAGCAGAAGCUGUUUCCAAUCUAUUGAGGAUGAGUUCUGAUCAGGUUGCAUUUCUAGGAUAUGUCACUUCAGCUCCUGGCUCCAGAGAUUACAUGCAAUUAAUUGAAAAUGGCAAUGUUAAGGAUAUUGACAACACAGAUCACAACAGGUGGUGCAGUUAUAUAAUGUAUCGUGGAUUAAUUAGGUUGGGCUAUGCUCGAAUUUCUCAUGCUCACCUGAGUGAUUCUGAACUCCAGAUGGCAACUUUUAGAAUCCCAGAUGACCCAGAUAAUUAUGCUGACAAUGACAAAAUCACCAUUGAUUCCAGUGAAGUUCCUAAAGAAACACACUUCAGUUCACGAUUUGGAUCCUACAAAGAGGGACACAAUUAUGAGCUGAAUCAUCACUUUCACAUGAGCACACCAAAGUAUUUUAAACAAGCUGGCUAGAACAAUGAUACACCAACACAUUUUCAAGAAGGAGAAAACAAUGACGACGACAAAACCAAAAAAGAUCAGAAGCCCCUAUUUAAAAAUAAGACACAACUGUAUGAAUAUUUCAUGGAC